UGUGAAGCCUAGAUGAAUUAGUUGUGUUACUCAGUGUUGGUUUUCAUUAUUGAGAAUGGACUCAUAUGGAACACAAGAAAAUUCAGUCAUCAUGGAGGGUUUCAUUUGCCCUAUGUGCAUGAAAGAUCAAGGCUCAUUGAUUGGUCUACAGACUCACACAGAUCAAUAUCACAAUGAGGAUCGUGACUUCAAGUCCUUAUUUCAAGAUUUUCUCGGAAAGGCCAGGAAACGAAUUCGGCAAGAGAUACCCAUGCGGCAAGAUUCACCAGAGGUGUUGAAUCGAUCUAGCAAUCUAUCAUCUCCUCCACCACUUGCUGCUUCUAUGGAAUAUGAUGCAGCUAUUCUUCAGGCCCAGGGCAUUGCCCAUGAACAAGAUGUUGUUGCUUGGGUGGAGGAUUCUGCAGUGAAGCUAUGCCCUGAAUGUGCCAGGUCCUUUGGAAUAAGGAGAAGGAAGCACCAUUGUCGCCUGUGUGGCUCUAUAUUAUGUCAUGAAUGUUCUGUCUUCCUCUCCUUCACUCGUGCUCAUGAGUUUAGUCGAUUGGCUCUGCCAGGUGGAAGUUUCUCAGCUACUCCAUCUGAUCCUCGUCAUCCUCCUCCCCCCUCUUUUCAAUCACCAGCCAAAGCUCUGCUUGCCCUUGGCAAGAGCAAGUUGACACGGAGCAAUUCAAAUUCCAGCCUCAAUUCCCUCCUAUCUCUUGUUGACAGUUCAACAGGAGAAGAGCAGUUCCGCAUCUGCCCAUUUUGUUACAGGUUGUUGAUACGACGGCAGGAGCAAGUCGUAAGGCAGACAGCUAAACCACCCCUCGUAGAAGAGUACGAGAAACUCCAAGAAAUCCGAGAAGAAGUCCAGAAGUUGCUUCCCAGUUACCAGGUAAUGGCAGAGGCCUUGUGGCAAGGUGAUUUUGAUAAUGAUCUCUCUGAAGCUAAUCAUCUCAGGGUGAAGCUUCUGAAGCAAGCUGAGAGAUUGGAAAUGUUGAGCAAAGCAAUACUAUUACUGAGAGAGGAUCAUGAUGCUGGCCAUGAGACUGAUAGCAGAACAUCAAAAUUGCAAAAACAAAUUCGAUUAGGCACAAUGCAGUUCCUGAAGGAAAAUCUAGUGGGUUUGCCUUCCCUUCCGAAUCCUGAACAGCUGGAGCAGCUGAGGAAAAGGAAAAGCGGCAGUGAAAUGGCACAUGUGGCCAAGAAGAGGAAGUGCAUGUCUAUUGAACUGAAAAUAGACAUUCUGAGAGAAGUCGAGGAAGGGAAACUGAAGAAGGGCGAGAUUUCCGCGAAGUAUGACAUCCCACCAUCGACGCUUUCUUCCAUCGUCAGCGCUAAAGAAAAGAUUCGCAAGGAAUUCUUCAAUGCCAGCUUUGCUCCAGGAAGAAAGAAGUUGAGAGGUGCAAAAUACGGUGACAUUGAAGAAGCUUUAUUUGAGUGGUUCCAGCAAGCACGUGCCUGCAACAUCGCCCUUGAUGGGAACACCAUUCGGCAGAAAGCCGCAGAACUGGCGAAGGUAUUGGGGAUCGAGAACUUUGAGUGCUCUUCUGGUUGGCUCUCUCGCUUCAAGGACAGACAUGGAAUCGUGUUCAAGAAAGUUUGUGGGGAAGCCGGAAGCGUGCCUGAUGAAAUCGUCAACAAAUGGAAGAAUGAGACUCUUAGAAGCAUAAUAGGCAGCCAUCGCCCAGAGGAUAUUUUCAAUGCCGAUGAGACAAGUCUAUUCUUCAAUCUCACACCUGAAAAAACUAUGCAGGUAAGUCCUGAUGCCGUAGCAAACUGCUUUCGAAAAGCUGGCUUCUGCCAUGGCGAAUCUACACAGGAGGAAACUGAUAUUGCUCCUCCAAUGGAGAGCGACGACGCCUGGGAGGAAAUCGCCUCUCAGUUGCAAGUGGGCUGUGAAUUCACACAGUUCGUGAAUAUUGACGAGGACGUUCCCACGUGCGAGCCGCUUCCCAAUCCUGCUAUGUGUGCAGAAGCUCACGGAGUUAUGGAGUUAAAAGAUGCUGCCAAUGAGGAGGAUAUGGAAGAACAACCAGCCAUACCCAAGUCACGGAAUGUUAUGGAAGCAGUGGAAACGAUCAAGCUGCACCUUUAUCAUGCAUGCCACGGAAAUGAAAAAAUGCUUAGAAAAAUCUCGGACAUAGAGAAAUUCUUUCUGAAGCGGGCGACUUCAAGUCGGCAAACAUGUAUCCGAGAUUACCUGCAGUCAUGA